GCCGCAUAAAUUUAAAUUUAACCAGCGCGGCGGUGCAGCAGUCACUGUUGUUAAUUAUUUUUUAUUUUGGGUGUGCCCCAUGCCCCACAAUAACUAAAAUCACUAUUUAAUUAAAAAAGGCAACAGUUAAAAGCAAAAGCCGUGUUAAUUCCGAUAAUAAAUAAGGCAGAAAACCAAUAUUCGAAAAUGGUGGAGGCGUGUUGGGCCCCAUUCAUUUGGAAUGAUAAUUUAAAGACAGGAUGCAAAGCCAUUUGUUUCUACACAGUAGCUCUCAGCAUAGUUUUAAUGACCUUUAUUGUAUUCAACAUGGCAGGAGGCGACUCUACCCAACUGUACAAUCCACUUUUUGAGGCUGACAUCAGAUAUUCUAUGCAAGUUGUUGGAGGCUUGAUGUUAUUUUACUUUUGUUGUUUGAUUAUAUCUUCCGGAUUAUUGGUAUGGGGACUACAUGUUAUGAUUCGAGGACUGUUGUUGCCUUGGAUGAGCUUAUUUGGAACUGGUAUUCUGUUUCAAUUAAUAUUUGGACUAUGGCUUUUGGGAGGAUAUUAUAUAUAUAUUGACUGUGUUCUAUAUGCCCUCAUCAUUUGGUGUUGGAUGUCAUACAAUAUCUAUUGUUGGAUGGUAGUACAAUCUCAAUAUAAAAUUCUAGCAGUACUUCAGUCACCAAAUAUCGAAUUGCUUUGGCCUUAAGCAAAUUUUUAUUGCUUAAUCGUAGACCAAUAUUUUCGAAAAAAUAAUGAAUCUCAACUAUUAAGAAUUACUUAUGUUUUGAAUUUCGACUAGAAAUUAAGUACCUAUACCUACUUAGUUAAGUGCAAACCGUCCAAUUGGUAAUAUUUAGACUGAAAGAGUGUUUUUAUUUAAAUUUUUUAUGUAUGUACAAAUAUUUUUACAUGACAAAUAAAUAGAUAUGCAUAAUCUUCAGACUGAAAAAAAUCAGUUUUCUAAAGUUACAAUUUGGAAUUCCAAAGUAAAUAAAUCAAAUGUGCUUUGCUACGAUACCUGCACAGUAUUUUUUUUUUAAGUUAAAAUUAAUUAGGUUCUAAAAAUUGUGAGCAUCAUCAAGAUUAUGAUUUGAUUAUUUUUUUUGUUGCAAUAUCGCCUAGCUGUGCUGCUCUUACUAAAUUUUACCUUAUCAAAUGGUACCUAGUAAUUUUUUAAGUAUGAAUACAUAAAAUGUAUUUUGCAUAGUAUUUUAUGGAAUUUUUGAAAUUAAUAAACGUUGUAAUAUCAUUGUAUAACUUUUGGAAAGGGAUACCACACACAUUCUAAAGUGUUUUGACUUAGGACUUUAUUGACCAUUACUCAGCAUACAACUUUCUAGAAUUCUGUUUGGUGUCUGCUUCACUGGGUUUAUUGAUUGUCAAGGAUUGAUCCUCGUGAGGAUAUCAUCAGUUGUGUGAAUCAAAAGCAAAGUAGAUAUUAGUGAACACCGAGGUGAACACAAAAAGUG